AUGUUCCACGCAUUGGGCUCCAUCGCCUCGGUGGUAUUCCCCAUCUUUGCCUCUUAUCGAGCCAUUAAAUCUCACGACAUGACCUACGCAACCCCCUGGCUCAAAUACUGGGUGGUCAUGGGCAUCGAACAGGCGCUCGAAAACACAUUUGGAGUUGUCCUGUCAGUUCUGCCCCUCUACUCGCUAGCCAGACUCGUUUUUUUCGCCUGGCUGGUGCUGCCCCAGUCCCAGGGCGCUGUGCGACUCUACGACGAGAAAGUCGAGCCCUUCCUCGACCGUUACAAUACACAGAUUGAGGACUUCUUUGCCAACGGCCACACAUAUGUGCGAGACUACGGCCUGCAGUACCUCUCUGUGCUAGUUAAAUGGCUCACCGGAAAAGGUUUCGACACAGAAGCAGCCAAGAGCACCAGCGCCAACCCCGCUCCUGCCACUCCCGUGGUCCCACAGUCCUACAUGGACUCUGUGAUGGGCUACAUCAAGUCCAACAGCCCUGCCACAGGUGGCAAAAUCACGCGGCUGUUCGACAUGUACCGAGCGGCCGGAGCGGUUGGCGGUGCAGUAGGCUCUCGAGAGGUAACAGAGACCGUGGAGAUCCCCUCGUCUCUGCCGCACUCCGAGCAGCUGGGUCUCAUAGACAAGGAGCGCUCUAGACUACUGGCUGCUCUGUCGUCUCUUGAUGCUCGUGGAUCUUUGCUCAAGAGCGACACAAAGUCGAAAUCGAAUGCCUCGCUGGCUUCGGGUGUCAACAUCACCGCCUCAGACUACUCUCCCUUGUUGGCCUCUUCUUCUGACACUGAAUUUGACGUUGUCAAGUCGGAAGAUGUGCUUGGACUUGAUGGGAACGUGAAGGACGAACGUCCCAACUCAAGGGGCUGGUUCUGGCAGCGUCACUACUCCAAGGUUGGCGAGGCCAACAAGGCUGGCUACGAGAAACUCGUAGAUCCCCCAUCUGAGCCUCCUGUAUCUGGGGCGAGUAUGGCUCGAGAAUCAGAGGAGGAGGAGCCUCUCAUUCCCUCCAACCUGUAA